CCAGAAUGUUCCUUAUGCCUCCCAGUAAGGGAAGAGAAUCCUAAGCUACAUCUCUUGUCUGUGGCUAUGAGCUCUGCCUCUGUUGGGACCACAGAUUCUUGAGAAUUACCAUGAGAUACACUAUGAGAGCUGUACGCAUUGUCCUUCCGUACCUGAUGUUCCAAAAGCAGAAGAGACCGUAGUGAUCAUCUAGUCUGUCCUCCUGCAUGACGUAAGCCAGAAAAUUUCCCCCAAAUAAUUCCUAGAGCAGAUCUUUUAGAAAAACAUCCAAUCUUGAUUUAACAAUUGCCUGUGAUGAAGAAUCCACCAUGACUUUGGCAACGUGAUCUCUUUCUCCCUGAUGAGAUUUCAAAGUGAUUGAGACACUCAUCAGCGAGGAGCAACAGAAACAGAGGCAGUUUUACCAGUUGCUUCUGAUGCGUGGAAGUUGAGCCCUCAAACUGCAAAGAUGGUGAUAAACGUCUGCCUCCCACAGUUCAAGCCAAGAAUUCACUGCAACAAGAUUUCCGCGGAUGGGUACGAAGUUGAGAACCUCAUCUGUGACGACCUUGCAAAGAGAAACCGUGGCUUUCGCAGUGAAUAUUUCAUCAAGCCCCCGGUCCACAUUACUCUGUCCUUUCCCUUCAACCUAGAAAUCUGCAGGAUUAACAUAGACAUUUCAUCAGGCGGGUAUCAGAAUUUCACAGGGCUGGACAUUUACACGUCUACCUCAUUGAACAAAAGUUCUUGGAACAACCCCGAGUCUCAGUUCUCGGUUCUGACUGGUCAGCCUGUGUCAGACAAAGACGUUUUCACGCUCGUGGGCAAAGCCGUUCUAAAAAAUCAAAGCAAAGUGACGUUCAGCCACAGGGGCUUCAAACCAAGGCCUCCUUUCCAUCAGAUGGAAGCGGCCUUCUACCCUGGGUCUGCCUCUCAAGACCUAUGGAAUAAAGGCCCUGCCUCACUAAGCAAUGUAUCGCACUUAAAAAUUUGCAUCUCCCACGUGGCGGGAGGUGGCCUCCCUUGCAUUAAAAGACUGGAGGUCUGGGGGCAGCCAGCCAAGUCGUGCCCACAAGAAGUAGUGGACAGUGUGUUCCACGUGGCCGCCGAGUGCCUGGCUCAGAGCUUGGGCAUCCAAAGCGCCGGUUUCACGUUGCCCAUGGAAAGCGAGUGUGUUCCCUUAGGCAACUCCGACAACGAGCAGCCGAGUCUCCAGAAGCUGGUUGAAGUGGUCCAGGAUAUCCCUGAAGAGUUCUUGGACCCUAUCACUCUGGAGAUUAUGCCCUUCCCGAUGUUGCUGCCCUCCGGCAAGGUGAUCGACCAGAGCACCCUGGAGAAGUGCAACCGGAGCGAGGCUUCCUGGGGUCGGGUACCCAGUGAUCCGUUCACUGGCGUUGCCUUUAGCCAGCACUCCCAGCCCCUUCCACACCCCUCGCUAAAGGCACGAAUAGACCACUUCCUAUUGCAGCACAGCAUCCCGGGCACCAACCUCCUCGGGAGGGCGCAGGCCUCAGGGGUGCUCACACCUUCUUCCAUAACCAUGUCCUCUCUGAAAAGGAAACUGGACUGCAUGGAGCAAAGCCCUGAGCACAGCAACCGCGUAGAACCCUCCUAUUUUUCUACCACAAACUUUCUAGCUCUGUCUACCUCAGAAAGCAGUGCUAAAAAAGUGAAAACUGAGAGCGACUUCCAUUUGGCUCAAAUGGACUGCUCGACAGGUCCAGUGUCUCAUGAGCAGAAGCUGUCGGAAAGCUUGGACCUUGCCUUGACCUCCGCGCUCAGCUCUAUGCCAUCUUUUACAGCAAGGCUGACAAAGGGCCAGCUGCCGGCACACAGCGAGGGGGGCUGCAGCAGUUCGUGGAAUGCCAAUGCCCUCGCUGAGCACAAUAGCAGCCCAGCUCAAGGAUGUGCUUCCUGUAAUAGAACAUUUUCUUCUUAUUUCAAAACGGAGCCUGUUUACCAGCUGCCGUGUGGCCACCUCCUGUGCCGCCCUUGCUUGGCCGAAAAGCAGAAGUCUUUAUCGAUCCUGUGCAUGAAUUGUAAAAGGUCAGUCUCUGCUCAUGAUGUGCUGCGGGUCCACUUCUAACUUCCUGCCGGCGGCUUUUGAAAUGGCUGGCUGAAAGGCCCCAGGGGCAGCUGGAGCCAUCCCUGUGCUCCUUGCCUGCAUUGAAUAGUAUCAGGAUGCAGUCCUUUAAGGAGCUUGCCGGAGGAGCGCACGUAAUUCUGAAGAGGACUUGUCGUCUUAUGCUUACAAAGCAGCAGGGAGGUUAGAGCACCGCCCCAGAGCAAAGCGUUACAAGGAUAAUAAAGCCAUACGCUUCUUUAACAAGGAAAAUGUAUUUAUAUGAAACUGACAUCCCUCCAGUCACGCCCCUUCACUCCACCAUUCCAGUGGCUCAGUGGUUAGCAUAGGUGCCUUUGGAACCGUGAGUUUAGCUUCCCUGUCAUUUGAAACCAUUUCAGUAUCUGACAAGCGGCCGUUCAGUCAUGGGCCCUGUGAAGUCCUUGUGAUGGAAUCCAUGCAAGCUACCCAACUUCUCCCAUUUACUGACCCUAUUCCCUGCAAUUUCCCAGCGGGGCUAAGAGCACAUAAGUCAUCUGUUCUGAAGACUAGUCUGUAAUGGAAAGGGGCUGGAGUUAGUACAUGAGUAACUCUGACAAUUAUCUCCUUCUGCUCAUACAAACUGUAGAAAAGCCAUUUUGCAUCACACUCUGUUCGUCAUGUGACCGGACCAGCUCCCGUCUGGCUGAUAGACAUGUAAGCCUUAAUAAAACUACGGUUAAAGUCA